AUGAGAAAAGAGAGUGAGUAUACUUGGACUGAGAUUGAGGCAGCUACCAAUUGCUUUUCAAUUGAAAAUAAGCUUGGACAAGGUGGCUAUGGACCUGUUUACAAGGGUGUAUUACCUGAUGGGCAAGAAAUAGCAGUGAAGAAACUUUCGGAAACAUCAACACAAGGAUUUGGGGAAUUCAAGAAUGAAGUUAUACUUACGGCAAAACUCCAACAUGUAAAUCUUGUUGGAAUUUUGGGUUAUUGCACUGACAAAGAAGAGCAUAUGUUGAUCUAUGAAUAUUUGAAAAAUAGAAGCUUGGAUUAUUAUCUUUUUGAUCGAUGUAGCCAACUUACUUUGAAUUGGAAAAAACAGGUGCACAUCAUUGAAGGGAUUACUCAAGGACUCUUUUAUCUCCAAGAAUAUUCAAGAUUCACUAUUAUUCAUCGAGACCUUAGAGCUAGUAAUGUUUUAUUAGAUGAAAACAUGAAGCCUAAAAUAUCAGAUUUUGGUAUGGCUAGAGCUUUCGCAAAAAGUAAUCUUGAAUCAAACACAGGAAAAAUUGUCGAAACAUUCGGCUAUGUUCCUCCUGAGUACCUUGAAAUGGGCAUAUACUCUACCAAAUCAAAUGUUUAUAGUUUCAGUGUUCUACUUCUAGAAAUCAUGAGUGGGAAAAAAGUUUCCAUUUUAUAUGCCACUGAAAAUGGAAAAUUAAACCUUCUAGAGUAUGCAUAUGAGCUGUGGAAGGAUGGAAAAAACAUGGAGUUUAUGGAUCCAUCACUUGAUGAUACAGAUUCAUCAUGUAAAUUAAAGAGGUGCUUGCAAAUAGCUUUGCUUUGUGUCCACAAAAAUCCAGAUGAUAGACCAUCUAUAUUGGAGGUCUUCUUAAUGCUAAAAAAUGAAACAACAGAUAUGAUGAUUCCAAACAAGCCUACAGUUUUUUGGAAACCGAAUGAUGGAAACCAACAAAAUGAUGCUACAGCACAGUCGGAGAAUUUUAUAUUGAGCAAUUCUAUUAACAAUGUAACACUUACAGAAGUAGGAGCUAGAUGA